AUGGAAAUUGAAUCUGGUCUCACACCUGAUGACAACAACACUGUAGACUGUUUACAACCACUUGGCAUGGAAUCUGGUGCCAUACCUGAUGGCAGCAUCACCGCAUCCUCGGUCCAUAGCCCUGGUUUCGCACCUUACCUCGGUCGGUUAAACGGGAAUACUGGUGGAGGUGGUUGGGCAGCCUUGGUCAACGUCAUCGGACAGUGGUUGCAGGUGGAUUUCAAGGAAAUGAAGCGUGUAACUGGCACCAUCAUUCAGGGUCAGCUUGGUGAUGCCAACCACUGGGUGACGUCAUACAAACUCCAGUACAGCACGGAUUGGAUAAGUUGGACAACAUAUACCGACAACAAUGGCGCAGACGUGGUCUUUCCAGGGAACACCAACAGUAGCACCCCUGUAACCAACAUGCUAAACUACUUUAUUGAUGCCCGCUUUGUGCGUUUCGUGGUCCAGUCCUGGUAUCGUCACAUUGCCAUGAGGGUGGAGGUUCUUGGCUGUGACUCCGCCGCAGUCCUCCCAGAAUGUCUAAAUUCACUUGGGAUGGAAUCUGGUGUCAUACCUGAUAGCAGCAUCACUGCAUCUUCGUACUAUCAGGCUGAUCUCGAGCCGUACCGCGCACGGUUAAACAGUGUUGCUGGUGGAGGCGCCUGGGUAGCAAAGACAAGAGACAACAGAGAAAUUUUGCAGGUGGACUUAGGGGAAAUAAAGCAAGUCACAGUUACCAUCAUUCAGGGUCGCAACAUUGCCGACCAGUGGGUGAAGUCGUACAAACUCCAGUACAGCACAGAUGGGAUCGAUUUCUGGACAUAUACCGACAACGAUGGCUCAGAUAUGGUAUUUCCCGGCAGCAUUGCCAGAAUAGUUCGUGUAUUGAACCCACUGGACACGCCAGUAGAUGCCCGUUAUGUGCGUUUCCUGCCUCAGUCCUGGACGUCGUACAUUGCUAUGAGAGUGGAGAUUCUGGGUUGUGACAAAGCUGCAGUCAACUUCUCUGCCUGUCCCCAACCACUUGGCAUGGCAUCUGGCGCCAUACCUGAUUACAGCAUUACUGCAUCCUCGGCCUAUAGCCCUGAUCUCGCGCCUUACCUCGGCCGGUUAAACGGGAUUAAUAGAGGAGGCGGUUGGGCAGCCAGGGUCAACACAAUCGGGCAGUGGUUGCAGGUUUUUCCAGGUAAUGUUGACAGCACCAGCCUUGUUAAGAACCAACUGGACAACCCAGUUGAUGCUCGUUAUGUGCGUUUCGUGGCCCAGUCCUGGCAUGAUCACAUCGCCAUGAGGGUGGAGAUUCUGGGCUGUAACACAACUGCAGUCAACCUCUCUGCCUGUCCCCAACCACUUGGCAUGGCAUCUGGAGCCAUACCUGAUUACAGCAUUACUGCAUCCUCGGCCUUUGAACCUGGUCUCGCGCCUUUCCUCGGCCGGUUAAACGGGAUUACUAGUGGAGGCGGCUGGGCAGCCAAGGUCAACACAAUCGGCCAGUGGUUGCAGGUUUUUCCAGGUAACGUUAACAGCACCAGCCUUGUUAAGAACCAACUGGACAACCCAGUUGAUGCUCGUUAUGUGCGUUUCGUGGUCCAGUCCUGGCAUGAUCACAUCGCCAUGAGGGUGGAGAUUCUGGGCUGUAACACAAAUCCUUCAGCUUCAGUCAGCCUCUCUGCCUGUCCCCAACCACUUGGCAUGGAAUCUGGCGUCAUACCUGAUUACAGAAUUACUGCAUCCUCGGCCCUUAGCCCUGGUCUCGCGCCUUUCCUCGGCCGGUUAAACGGGAAUACUGGUGGAGGCGGUUGGGCAGCCGGGGUCAACGUCAUCGGAGAAUGGCUGCAGGUUUUUCUAGGUAACUUCGACGCAACCUACCCUGCAACAAACCCCCUGUACAACCCUGUUGAUGCUCGUUAUGUGCGUUUCGUGGUCCAGUCCUGGCAUGAUCACAUCGCCAUGAGGGUGGAGAUUCUGGGCUGUAACACAAUUGGUAGAUGUGAGGUUGCUUGGUAG